GAGAGAGAGAACAGGGAGCCUGCUGCCACCUCAACAUGGAGUAGCGAUAUCCCAGUAUUUACGGCUCAGGAGCGGAUCCCACAAAGAGGAAAACGCGGCGGGGCCUCUUUUCUUUUCACCCCCCGAAGCCUCCGCAAAUGAUACAGCGACAAACAUCGCCAGGAAACACGAAGGAAAAGAAAGGCUUUUUAUUUGAAAGAUGGCGAACGACUCUCCGGCUAAAAGUCUGGUAGACAUAGACUUGGCUUCAUUGCGGGAUCCAGCUGGGAUUUUUGAACUGGUGGAAGUGGUUGGAAAUGGCACCUAUGGACAAGUAUACAAGGGACGGCAUGUCAAGACCGGACAGCUGGCCGCCAUUAAGGUCAUGGACGUCACAGAGGAUGAAGAGGAGGAAAUUAAACUGGAGAUCAAUAUGCUGAAGAAGUAUUCCCACCACAGAAACAUAGCCACCUACUAUGGCGCUUUCAUUAAGAAGAGUCCCCCAGGCCAUGAUGACCAGCUAUGGUUGGUGAUGGAGUUCUGCGGUGCCGGUUCGAUCACAGACCUGGUGAAGAACACCAAAGGCAACCAGCUGAAGGAAGACUGGAUCGCUUACAUCUCCAGAGAAAUCCUCAGAGGUUUGGCCCACUUGCACGCCCACCAUGUCAUCCACCGUGACAUCAAGGGUCAGAACGUCCUGCUGACUGAGAACGCCGAGGUCAAACUGGUGGACUUUGGCGUGAGCGCCCAGCUGGACCGGACAGUCGGGAGGAGAAACACCUUCAUCGGGACGCCAUAUUGGAUGGCCCCUGAAGUCAUCGCUUGUGAUGAAAACCCAGACGCCACAUACGAUUACAGAAGUGAUCUGUGGUCCUGUGGUAUCACGGCUAUUGAGAUGGCUGAAGGAGCGCCACCGCUGUGUGACAUGCACCCAAUGCGUGCGCUCUUCCUCAUCCCAAGAAACCCUCCCCCCAGGCUCAAAUCUAAAAAAUGGUCCAAAAAGUUCUUCAGCUUCAUCGAGAGCUGUCUGGUGAAGAACUACACGCAGCGCCCCCCCACAGAGCAGCUGCUGAAGCACCCCUUCAUCCGAGACCAGCCCAACGAGAGGCAGGUCCGCAUCCAGCUCAAAGACCACAUCGACCGCACCAAGAAGAAGAGGGGAGAGAAGGAUGAGACGGAGUAUGAGUACAGUGGCAGUGAGGAGGAAGAAGAGGAUCCUCCAGAGCAGGAGGGAGAGCCCAGCUCCAUUGUCAACGUGCCGGGCGAGUCGACUCUGCGCCGCGACUUCAUCCGCCUGCAGCAGGAGAACAAGGAGCGGUCGGAGGCACUGCGCCGCCAGCAGCUCCUCCAGGAGCAGCAGCUCCGUGAGCAGGAAGAGUACAAGCGCCAACUAUUGGCAGAGAGGCAGAAACGCAUCGAGCAGCAGAAGGAGCAGAGGAGGCGGCUGGAGGAGCAACAACGACGCGAACGCGAGAUGAGGAGGCAACAGGAGCGUGAGCAGCGUCGUCGUGAGCAAGAGGAGAAGAGGCGCAUCGAGGAGAUGGAUCGCAGGCGGAAAGAAGAGGAGGAACGCCGGCGGGCUGAAGACGAGAAGAGGAGGAACGACCGUGAGCAGGAGUACAUCCGCCGUCAGCUGGAGGAGGAGCAGAGGCACCUUGAGAUGCUGCAGCAGCAGCUGCUCCAUGAACAGGCCAUGCUGCUGGAGUUCAAGUGGCGGGAGCUGGAGGAGCAGCGCAAGGCCGAGCGACUCCACAAGCGCCUGCAGCAGGAGCAGGCUUACCUGCUGUCGCUGCAGCACGAACGCAAACAACAACAGCAGCCCUGCGACAGGACCAAAGACUUAAACAAACCCCCCUCCUCGUCCGAUCUUACAAAACCUCCGCAGACCUCUGCAGCGCCCCCUGAUAGAGUCCUCACCACCACCCCACAAGCUCAGGUCCUCGACAGCCCCGUUGCUCUAGCGAGAGGCGCCUCUGAGCCCUCCAAAACCCUGCAGACAAAUCCCUCAGACACCACUAAACCCCAGGCCCCAGUCCCAGAGACGACUGACUCUGAUGAGGCCUGUUCCUCCCAGCUCAGUUCCAGCCCCACCCAGGCAGAAACCCCCACUGACCCCAAACCCCCCCAUGCAGAGCGCUUGGAGCCCGAUAGGCCUGCCGAGCCUGUCAGUCAUCCUCCUCAGCCUGUCAGAGAGGCUGAUGAGCGGUACCGCAAGAACAUUCAGGGCUCCCCUCAGACCGCCCCGCCUCCCAAGCAGCCCCCUCUGCCCCCCCGCUCCUCUGAACCCUUCUCUAAUGGCGGCCCCUCCUCCGAGGCGUCCGCCAUGCACCGGCCCAUGGAGCCACAGGUCCAGUGGUCUCACCUGGCCGCUCUAAAGAGCAGCAACAGCGCCGCCCCCUCUCCUCCUCCUCCUCCUCCGCCCGUGGUGUCUCGCUCGCAGUCCUUCAGCGAGCCUGGCGGCGUGGCCUCUAGCUUUGCACAACUCCACCUGCGCUCCCAGGACCCCCACCAUCACCACCACCACCAAUCGCCCGCACGCACUGACCCCCAGCCCCAACUCCCCCACCACCACCACCACCCCCAGGCCCAGCCGCGGGCCGAGCACCCGGCCCCAGCCCCCAGCGACGAGGUGCCUCCCAGGGUGCCGGUGAGGACGACAUCCAGGUCUCCCGUACUGUCGCGCCGAGAGUCUCCUCUACCGACACAGCCCGGCAACCAGGGUGGACAGAGGAACGCUGGCAGUAAUGCAGAGCAGCGUCCGCUGUGGGACCGGGUGGAGAAGCUGCAGCCCCGGCCAGGCAGCGGCAGCUCCUCCGGCUCCUCCAACUCCAGCUCCCAGGCCAGCUCCGGAGACCGCUUCAGGCCACGCUGUGAGUCCCCUGCUUCCUCCAAGUCUGAGGGAUCACCUCUCCAGCGGCCUGAGAACGCUGCCAAAAAACCUGAUGACAAGAACCUCGCCAGACCCAACCGGCCAGCUGACCUGACAGCUCUUGCCAAAGAGCUUCGUGCGGUAGAUGACGUGCGGCCACCCCACAAGGUGACCGACUACUCCUCCUCAAGUGAGGAUUCAGGCACUACCGAUGAAGACGACGAUGAGGAGGUGGACCAGGAGGCAGGAGAAGAGUCCACCUCGGGAGCAGAGGACUCCAGGGCCGGGAGGCUGAGUAACGGGGAGACGGAGUCCCUGAAGACGAUGCUGGCUGAAGACUCAGAGAGCGACCAAGCCACCACGCCCUCCAAGGACGGCACCCUGGUCAUCAGACAGAGCACCGGUGACAUAAAGCGGUUGGUCAAUAUGUCAUCCUCCUCUUCCUCGGCUGGCCCUGGUCACGGCCACGGCCAGCCGCACCCCCCCAGCCAUGGCCACCCGGAGAAAAAUGGCUUUGCCAGCCGCAUACACCACCUACCAGACCUUAUCCAGCAGAGCCAUCACCCCCCUACCUCUGCCACAUCCAUACCUUCCUCCUCCUCCUCCUCUUCCUCCUUCCCCUCAUCAUCUAGCCAUGCCAGCCCUGCCAUGUCCCCCCAGAACCCCCUGGACAAGCUCACUGCCAUGGAGACCCAGUCGGCCAGCAACACCAUGACGAAACACAAGUCCUCCUCUUCCUUUACUCCAUUUAUCGACCCACGCCUCCUCCAGAUCUCCCCUUCCAGCGGCAGCUCCUUAAACAACAUGGCUGGAUUUGGGCAGGACGGACGCCUGGCGGACGCCUUGAGGUCCGACCCGUCCCGUAAGGGCUCGGUGGUCAACGUCAACCCGGUCAACACGCGCCCGCCGAGCGACACGCCGGAGAUUCGCAAGUACAAGAAGAGGUUCAACUCUGAGAUUCUGUGUGCUGCACUCUGGGGAGUGAACCUGCUGGUGGGGACAGAGAGCGGUCUGAUGCUGCUGGACCGGAGCGGUCAGGGAAAGGUUUACCCACUGAUCAACAGGCGACGCAUCCAGCAGAUGGACGUCCUGGAGGGACUCAACGUCCUGGUCACCAUAUCAGGUAAGAAGAACAAGCUGCGAGUGUACUACUUGUCGUGGCUCAGGAACAAGAUUUUGCACAACGACCCAGAGGUGGAGAAGAAGCAGGGCUGGGUCACCGUGGGUGACCUGGAGGGCUGCGUCCACUACAAAGUCGUCAAGUACGAGAGGAUCAAGUUUUUGGUGCUGGCCUUGAAGAACUCUGUGGAGGUGUACGCCUGGGCCCCCAAACCCUACCACAAGUUCAUGGCUUUCAAGUCUUUUGGUGACCUGGUGCAUAAGCCCCUGCUGGUCGACCUGACGGUGGAGGAAGGCCAGAGGUUAAAGGUCAUCUAUGGCUCCUGCUCAGGCUUUCAUGCUGUGGAUGUGGACUCUGGCGCUGUGUAUGACAUCUACCUGCCCACACAUAUCCAGACCAACAUCCAGUCCCAUGCCAUCAUCAUCUUGCCCAACACGGACGGGAUCGAGCUGCUGGUGUGUUACGAGGACGAGGGCGUCUAUGUCAACACCUACGGCCGCAUCACCAAGGACGUGGUGCUGCAGUGGGGAGAGAUGCCCACCUCAGUGGCCUACAUUAGGUCGAACCAGAUCAUGGGCUGGGGAGAGAAGGCCAUAGAGAUCCGCUCGGUGGAGACGGGCCACCUGGACGGCGUCUUCAUGCACAAGAGAGCCCAGAGACUCAAGUUCCUUUGUGAAAGAAAUGACAAGGUCUUCUUUGCAUCUGUGCGCUCCGGCGGCGCCAGCCAGGUCUACUUCAUGACCCUGGGACGCUCCUCCCUGAUGAGCUGGUAGUCGGGAUGCCGGCGCUCACGUGCGAACACGCCAGACACCGUGACGACCACACUGAAGCAGCGACCAACGGACGACGAUUGUGACGACAAACCAACGACCAUGAAGACGAGUACCACCUUGAACCCGAAUCGGAGAAAUGACCCUCACUAAAGCAUCGAGACGGAGGGGGGAUAUGUCUUCCUCGGGACAGAAAAAUAAUAUUUGGACUAUAUAAUCACAAAAGGGGGAAGGGUUGGACUAGGGAGGGGCAGUUUCCCUUUUUGGGCGGGAGGGCCGUUCUGUUUCCAUUGAGAACGAAAAAAAAAAAAAAAAAAACCAAGAGCCUCCCGGUUGUUCUCACCCCAGCCCUGCUGUUCCAUCUUUGAGCCAAUCCCCUCCUCUUCCACUGCGGGACGUGGGAUCCGUUGCCUGUUGAUGCUAAACCUUUAUGUGUCAUAGUACAAUUUAGCAUUGUGUGUAUGUGUGUGUGUGUGUGAGAGAGAGAGAGACACUGAGCAUGUGAAUGACUGAGAAAGGGAGACACAAUGAAAGAAGGGGAGGGUGCAUUGGGGCAAAAAAAAGGCGGCUGCAUGCGGCUGUCGAUGUAUUGAAGAAGGCGAAUACGUGCCAGACCCUCUGCGGGUCCUCGCUGUUUGUUGCUGUGUUUAGUACAAGUCAUGUUCAGGUAAAAUUAACACCGUUUUUUUUCCACCAGGGUAGAUUUCCAUGUCAAGCAUUUUUUUUUUUUUUUGUCAGAUAAACACUAAUCCAAAUGCCACAGCCGCCGUUUUUUUUCUUCCCGUGAAUCAUGCUUGACAUGCAAAUCUGGUUUGCUCGUUCUUCACUUGUUUGCCUUCUUCUCCUUAAAGUGAAGAUCGAUUGAUGCAUUUUUUUUUUUUUAAGGAACCUCCUUGGUAUUUCCAUCACAUACAGGGUAUCGGUUGUCCGCUUGUACAUACUCAACCACAGGAACCUUUGAGGGAAGCAAACACGGACUCCUCCAGGGCUUUCUUACACUUUCCUCAACAUGUGCCACAUUGCCUCCGAUAGGUCAUGUUGGACAGACGCUUAGCCCUGUUUAUGACUGAAUGUUGUAUUCCUAAAAUCAGCAGAAUUACCCCCGACAUUUCAUACACUGUACAGUUUUAAUGUGACUUGCUGCACAUAAAUAACACUUUAAAAAUGCAGGAAGCACCAUUCAAUGAAUUUAUCAAGGAAAAAUCCACCGUCACACACUCUAACGCUGUUUUAUGUAACCUAUGAUCUAUGACUUCCGGGAAGUAUUUUGCCGUUUAUUGUCGGCUUGUGUAUCUCGCUUCAGUUAGUGACUUCCUACAUUUCCCAGAAUGCCUUUUGACAUCCUCUAGACAGCCCGACAGUGACGUCUCAGCUUUGAGUUGUGCAUAUAGAUGGAGAGAGCAGUGUGAACAAUGUCUUAGAGCAAGACAGAGUGCUUUUCCGCCGAGACAAAGAAAGAUUUGACCCUCUUCCUCAAAACACACCUCGUCUUACGCCUGCAUUGCAUUGUUCUUCCGUUUUUAAGAGACUGACACUAAAAUCUGAUGUGUGUUUUAGAUCGUUCCAACAUUUCCUCCCAUCAAACUCCACCGUAGCUGCACUAGAAACUACAUUUGGCCAGUUAUCUUGACAAAUUCGCCAUAAAUCAUCGAAAUGGGGCCAGAAAUGCAGCAGCAGCUUUUUUCUGAGUGUUCCAGUGUUGUCGGGUGGAUUUUUCCUUCAGCGUCAGUCAUCAGUCAUAACCAGGGCUGGAAUAAACUGUGAAUCAGACGAGCAGAAUUAGAGCGGGUGGCCAUUUAGGUAGCAUGGCAGCCGGUGGGCAGACCUGCCAGCGAGGUGCGAAGGCCUCUGAGUAAGACGGCGCUCGCUCGGAGGGCUUGAGAAGGAGCUUUGAGCGUCGUGUCGGCGACUCCCCUCCGCCCGCGUGACGUUUAAAGCCCCAUCACGUCCGACAUCAUCCAACUCUGUAUCUUGAAUGAGACUUUUGUUUUCAUGUUGGGCUCAACAGUUGCCUUAGAAUGGUCUCCAGCUGAAGGAAAAGGUGUUUUUUUUUUUGUG